AUGUUAACAUUAAAAAAUUUACUUAAAUAUAAUCGUAAUUUACAAAUUAUGACUACAUAUGGAUUUUCUCAACAUAUUUUAUAUAUAUGUGAAACAGCACUUCAAAAUGAAAAUCAUCAUUUACAUACAUCGGUUGAAUAUAUUUUUGAAAGAUUAGCUGCUUCUAUUUUACCAGUACGAACAUUCAAACAAUUUCUCCGUAUGGGUAUUGAGACAAUAGUUAGUCCGACGUUAUUAAUAACUCCUUCAAAAGAAAUUAAAUCAUUUGUACCAUUAAAUCGAAUAAAAUGUCUUAUUUCAAUGACAACAUUACGUGAUAUUCGUUGCGAAACUCAAGUUCUAACAACAUCAAAUUCUCCAACAGGAAUUUCAUCAAAUAUUCCUUCAAUAAUAUUUCCACCAUUUGUUGAAUGUAAUAUGGGUAUUGAAGGUUUUGGUGCACUAUUAUUUCCAUGUUUAAGUCCUCAAUCAAUAACAUCAUCAACAAAUGUUGUUGGUAAUUUUGGUAUGGUAACAAUGGCAAAUGAUAUUAUUUUACAAGGUGGAAUGACAUUAACAAAUGGUGGUGAACGACCAUUUCCACCACAAUACGGAAUGACUUAUUCAACAUGGUUUUAUGUAGAAAAAUUUGGUCCUAUUAAAGAUAAUGCUCAUCUAAUACGUCUUUUAACUAUUAUUCGACAUACAUUUAAUCGUGAAGAUUAUCGAUUUGUUUUACAAGUUUAUAUACAUCCAAAAGAUAAGUCUUUAUUAGUAUCAACACAAGAACAUCCAUUUCAAGAUUGUCAUAAUGAUGCAAUAUUUACAGAUGAUAUUAAAUCAGAUGGUUUAGUGAAAUUUAUAUGUUCAGAAAUGAUGUUUGACCAAAGAUGGACACAUACAACAUUAGUUUGGGCAAAAGGAAUACUCAGAAAUAGUGCUGUUACAUUAUAUGUCAAUGGAAAACAAAUUGCUGUUCAAAAACUUCAUUAUAUAAAUAAUAUAACUGUUCCACCUGGAAAUAGUGUAUCGAUAUUUGCUUAUAUUGGUACAUUAUCAAUUCAACGUGUAUAUUCAAGUAUACAAUGGCGUCAAGGUCCAUGUUUUCUUAUUGAAGAACUUCUUUACUCACAAAUUAUUGCAGCUAUGUAUGGAGCUCGUCCGAAUUAUAUUGGUCCAUUUCAAGCUGUUUGUAUUGAUUCAACAAAUGAUGUAUUUUCACCAUUAUUUCCUAAAGAGAGAAUUGUAUUUGGUAUACAUCCAGCUAGGUUUUUUGACACAACUUUAUCACAAUUUAAAAAACAUUAUAAUAAAAAUGAUGCGAAAUUAAUUGCUAAACAGUUGAAUAUGCCAACAAAUGAAUCAACAGUACCUAUUCGGAUUUUACACAAAAUUGCAGCACUAUAUAGUGGUCCUGCUCGAACAAUUGAUAGUGUAGUGAUUGGUUAUUUAGGUGUUCGUAUAUUUGUUCCAAAUCCAGUAUCAAAAACAAUUGAAUAUAUUGAUGGUCCACAUGUAAUGCUUGGUUUAAUUACAAUGCCAAAUGAUAUUGAAUCAUUUUAUGCAUCAGUUACAGCUUUUGUUUGUAUACUUAAAGCGAAUAAACAAAUGCAAAAUGAAUUAUUAAGAACAAGAGCAUAUCAAAUUCUUGGUCUUUUAUUUCUAAAAAAACGGCAUCUUAUCAAUAGUCAUAUAUUACAUUUAACAUGUACACUUGUUGGUACAAUUGAUACAAUACGUGAAUCAACAGUUAUAACAAAUCCAGCAGAUGCUAAUGUUGAUAUACAAAAAUCUUUAUUUGAUCAUUUACUUGAUGUGUUCUUAACAAGUGAUCCACACAAUUUAAUGAUGAAUCAAAGAUUAGCACAAAAAAUUAAUUUAAUGUCACAGUUAUUAUGUUUACUUAAAGAUGGUUCAUUACAUGAAUCAACACGUUUAAUUAUUAUUAUUAGUCUUAUUCAUGUUCUACUUGUGACAUAUAAAAAUACAAAUGAUAUAUUAAAACUUGGCCAAUUUCUUGUUUAUCUUCUUCUAUCAAGUUCAAUAUCAGGAAAAAACCUCUGGAUGAUUCAUCAAUUAUCAUCAUCAAAUGCAUUGACUCGUUUUCAUGAUAAUGCUAUGUUAUUAGUUAAUCCAACAAUUCCAAGUAAUAGAUCAUUAACAUCAACAACAACAACAAUUAGAUUUGCUAUUCCAUCACCAGUAUUAAAUACAACAAAUACAACACCAUUAUCACCUUUAACAACAAUUAAUAAAAGUUGGAUUAAUGUUUUUAAUGAUCGACCACCAGCAAAACCGACGUUUGCAUUGGGUAUUGAUCCAACAUUAGCACUUGGAAGUAAUACAAAUGUAUCAACACCUUUACCUGGUUUUGUUCUUUUACAAUAUGUAUUUGCUCAACGAGCAGAAAUUAUACCAAUUUAUUAUCAAUUAACAGCACUUCUUUUUCGACAAAUGCCUUCCGAUGAUAUGAUGGAACAAACAGAGGCUCUUCCUGAAAAUAUGAAUUGUGAUUUAACUUAUCAAAUAUUUGUUCAAUAUGUAUUUAAAUCAAUAAUAGAAUAUUUAGGAACAUCAGAAUUAUGUCCAUUAAGUUCAACUGAUGAUCAAACUAAUGCACUGCCUUUUGAACUUGGUGAACAAUCAGGACGAACAACAUAUUCACAUGCAUUUUCAAGUAUAAUAUCAAAUACUUCAUCAACAAAUUUCAAUAUGUCAUUAUAUAAAUUAUUACUUAAAAAUGUGACACAUUUUAUUGAACGUAUUGUUGAUAAAAUUUGGGAAAUUGAUUAUCGUGAACCGAAACAAAUAUUUGAAUUUAUUAUUAAAAUUCUAAAUCAAGCAAAAAAAACAAAAAUUGAUUCAAUUGGAGAUCAAAUGAUUGUACUUGAUGCACUUCAUCGUUUAGCUAAUAAUCGACAAUUAAUUUUUUCGGAUUUAAAUCAAGAUGCAGAAUUUUUUGGUUGUCUUUGUUAUUGUUUAAUUAUUUUAAUUGAUGAAACAGGAACAAAACAACCAACUGAGAAUCAACCUUCACGAUCAACUUGGUAUCAUCGUGUUGAAAGUCCAACAUCACCUAUUCAAUCAAAUAAAACUUUAAUUAUUAAUGCAGCGCAACGUAUUUGGUCGGAAUUAUAUAUGAAAAAGAAACUUCGUAUUCAACGAUUGACUGGUGGAGUGACAGGUGGCUUUCGAUCAAGUCUUCAUCAACUUCGAGGAACAAAAGUAAAACGUGAACAAAUUAAAUUAGAUCGAGCAACAAUUCAUAGUGCUUUGGCUUUAAUGUCUGUUAAUGUUUCAAGCGUUAAAGAAAAUGUUGUCAAUGAAUAUUGUCGAUUAGCACAAAAUUCCGAACAAAAAUUUAGUUAUUUAUAUGAAGAAUGGUUUGCUAUUGAACGUGAUCUAUUCCGUGAACGGAGUUUAUGGGGAUUUGAGGAACCUGAUCCAUUAGCAAAAUAUAAACUUGAUUUUAUUGAAGGACCAUGUCGUAUGCGUAAACGAAUGGUAUUAAAUGAAGAUUUUUAUAGACAUUAUCCAUAUCGUGUUCCAAAACGAAAAUUUAAUCCACCAGUUUCAUUUGAUUCCAAACAAUAUUUUGAUCGACAACCUCAACUUCUUGAUCGUUUACUGAUCAUCAAUCCAGCAUCGAUUGAAACUCCUCUAGCAUCUCCACCACCAGUAUUAAAAGAAACAAGCGAACCACCGCCGACACCAACUACAGUAGCAUCAAAAGAAACCAAUGAAUCAUUUCCAUCACCAACAGAACAAAUCGUUCGAGACAAUGCUGAAAUAUGGACAAAUGAUGCGGAAUUGACUGUCGAUGAUGAUGAUGAUGAAGAAGAAGAUCCAAUGGUAACUAAUUUAGAACAAGAUGAAGUUGAAGCAGAAAGCGAAACUCAACAAGCACCACCAACUUCAACUGAACCAGUUGAAAUGGGACCAACCAAUCAAAAUAUUUUACGAUUACUUGAAGAAGAUGAAAAAAUAUCAGCAGCAUUUCGUUGUGCACGUAUUGAAGGAAUUGAUGGUAGUAAAGGAAUAUUAAUCUUUGGUCACAAAUGUCGAAAUGAAUAUAUACCAUUAAUACCUAAAUCAUCAACAAUAACUAAUACAGAUUCAAUACAAUAUAAAAAAGAAUGUUCAAAAUUUGCUUAUGAAGAUUUAAAAGAAGUUCAUAAACGACGACAUAUUUUACAACCAAUUGCUCUUGAAUUAUUUGCCGCCGAUGGUCGAAAUUAUUUACUUGUAUUUGUUCGUAAAGAACGUAAUGAAGUUUAUCAACGGUUAUUAAGUUCAGCAACUGAAUUAACUGAUUCAGCAAUUCAUUCUGUAUCAGGUCAACAACGAAGUUUCAGCAUAGAACAAGGAAUCAGUUUUCUUAGAACACUUAUGGGUGAACGAUCGGUUACACAACGAUGGGAAAGAGAUGAAAUUAGUAAUUUUCAAUAUUUAAUGUAUUUAAAUACACUUGCUGGACGUUCUUAUAAUGAUUUAAUGCAAUAUCCAGCCGAUUAUGAUAAUAAAGAAUUAAAUUUAACAAAUCCAUCAACAUUUCGUGAUUUAUCAAAACCAAUGGGUGCUCAAACAAUUGAUCGUUUGCUACAAUUUCAAAAACGUUUUGUUGAAUGGGAUGAUCCAACAGGUUCAACACCAGCUUAUCAUUAUGGUACAUGUUAUUCUUCUGCAAUGAUUGUUGCAUCAUAUCUUGUUCGAACUGAACCAUUUGCACAAGUUUUUCUUCGUUUACAAGUGAAUAAAACAAAAAAAUAUUAA